AUGAAGAACGGCAUCCAUGAGCUGUCGAUUUCGGUGGCGGUCCGUGUGCGGCCGUUUACCGAGGCCGAGCUCCGGCGGCUAUCUGAGUAUAUUCCGGGGCCACGACCGGUGGACAAUGCGCAGUUGGCGUCGUCUGCGCCGCCGGUGGUGACGCCAGCAGCAAUCCGACGAGUACUCCGGGUUGUUGAUGAAAAGAUGUUGGUGUUUGAUCCGGCCGACGAGGGCGGCGGACGACAUUGCAGCCUGGCCAAUCCGAGGGCACGCGAACAUCGGUUUGUUUUUGACCGGUUAUUGGACGAGACCGCGGGGCAGGUGCAUACAUAUGAGGCCACCGCCCGGCCACUUAUAGACAGUGUACUUGACGGGUAUAAUUCGACGGUGUUUGCAUACGGAGCCACCGGAUGUGGCAAAACGCAUACCAUUGUAGGACCGGAACUGGAUCCGGGGGUGGUUUUUUUGGCAACACGCGAGCUUUACGACCGGCUCGAGGCCCGCACCGAUAAACCGUCGGUCACGAUGUCGUACCUCGAGAUCUACAACGAAACGGUUCGAGAUCUACUUAAUCCGACCACCACAUCCAACCGGUUGGUUAUUCGAGAAAAUGCCGGGGGCAAAAUGACGGUUGCAAAUCUUGCAUCUCAUGCCCCCGGAAAUGUUGAUGAGGUGAUGCAACUCAUAGCCAUUGGCAACCAAAACCGAACCUGCGCUGCCACCGACGCCAAUGCGGUAUCGUCGCGAUCACACGCGGUGCUCCAGCUCACCGUUACCACCGGAACUCCCGAAGACACCACCGACGCCAACCUGUUCCACGUCACCUCGGCCACAUUCACGUUUGUCGACUUGGCCGGAAGUGAACGCGCCGCCGCGUCGUCCAACCGAGGCACCCGACUCCACGAGGGCGCCAACAUCAACCGGUCGCUCCUUGCAUUGGGAAACUGCAUCAACGCCCUCUGCGAUCCGCGCCGCCAUAAACAUGUUCCUUACCGCGACUCAAAACUAACACGUCUUCUUAAAUUUUCUCUUGGAGGAAAUUGUCGAACCGUGAUGAUUGCUUGUGUAUCGCCGCUGUCGCACCAUUAUGAUGAAACAUUAAACACUCUCAAAUAUGCUGACCGGGCAAAACACAUUUCUACAAAAGUAGUGAGAAAUCGCCACACUGUUGACCGCCAUGUUGGCACGCUUCGGGCCACCGUGAUGGCUCAGCAGCGGGAAAUCAACCGGCUACGACUCCAGCUUGGCCAGCUUGAAACUUCUGGCAAAAAUCCGCUGGCAAAAAGGAGCUCUCUGGCGAUUUUGGCCCUGGUUGACCAUGAACACACGUCGCAAACAUUAAAGAAUCUAUGGUCCCAAAUCAACUCGCUGGUGGAGUCUCGUCGUCGGAAAUGUACGUUGUUGGCCCAAAGACUGAUCUUGUUUCGCCACCGAUUGCAGGCAUCUUUUUUGGCGGAAAAAAUUCAGCAUUUGCCCGACAAAUCCGUACUCAUUUCGCUCGUGGCAACCAUAGACAAAACUAUCGCCAUGUUGGAGUCACAGUAUAACACACCCGACGAAACAGACGAGUUGUUCGCAGUGGCGUCGCAGGUCGAUCCCACAGCAGACUCAAGUCCUCACUGGCACGAAUUCCAUCGGUCGGUGGUGCAACUCGCACACCAAAAUUACAGUGGAAUUGUCGUCCAAAAAGCUUCUGUUUUCCUUGAAAGCUUGCUCUGUGCUGCGCCUCACCUCGUGUGUAGCCACGCCGACACCGACUUUGCCACUGAGUUCAUCAACACCGUUUCUGACUUUGUUGGAGGAAAGCACGAUCAUGUUAUUAAAAACCACGCACAGUGGUUUUUCAGCCAGCUGCAACACCAGACGGUCCAGCCGCCUGUACCUCCUCAAAAACCUUUGUCGCGUCGCCGCAAAUCUAUCAGAAUGCUGCUGGCAGAAAAACGGGUCCGAUGGGAGUUUCCCGACCAGUCGGACAGACAGAUGGACAAAUCCAUAGACAAGUCGAUGGAUCCCAGCGACUUUAGUCCCGACGGGUCCGAGGUGGGGUCGCCAAAAGCGCCGUUUGAUGAGCUCGACUUGUCGUUCGACCCUUCUCUCAGUCUGCCUCCGCUAUCGGCGGUGCUUCCAGAACAGUUGAACAAGACUCUCGCCGUGAACAAGGUGAGGAAACCCGGCCGAAUACCACUCACGGCUCGAAAACUACCUACUAGCGACACAAUUCAGGAAAAUUCAGACUCAAUUGAAGAAGCGGUUAGUCUGACUCCGGUCCAUAGUCCUGGCUCUCCGCGAUUGGGACCACCAACAAGAGCGAUUGAUCGUUGA